AAAAAAUAGGUGAAAAGCCACGGCGUUGAAUCAGUCAUCUAUCCUUACAUGCAUGCCUACCAAGGACCAUCACUGUGGAGCUUGCAUUUCCAUAUAUUUUCCUGGGAAAAUCCAGACUCUCUCCUCUCUCCUCUCCUCUUCUACCCACAGGCCACAAAGCACGGUUGUGAUCAGAACUGGGUCCAGAUCCUCCAAUCACAAACCGACACUUUGAUGGUAAAGACUAAAGAAGGUGGACGUUGUUAAAAGCUCCACGGUGGUGAAAGGGAGUGGCGGUUGGAGGUCUGAACUGCUCCAACCCACUACAGAUGCGUUUUGCUGAAAAUCAACAAGCCAUAAGGCGUUCGAUUUGGGGUUAAAAAAAUAAAAUUUUCUUUUUUUUUUCCUUUUUGUUUUUGGGUUGUGGUGGUGGUGGUGGUGGUGGUAGGUGGGGGUGGCUCUGCUUUCUGGGUUUGGGAAUCGUUGAAAACAGAGGCUAAAGGCUGCAGAAGAAUCCGAGAAACCAAACAUGGUAAAGCAUAGGAAGCGACGAUCCGCAUAGAUUCAAUCACAAACACACAUACUCUUUCUCUCUCUCUCUCUCUCUCUCUCUGCAACACUCUAGUCUGAGAAGCCGUACCAUUAACCCACCUUUUUCUCCCACCACCACAACCACCCCCACCCAGAAACGAACAGAGAGAGGAAAAGGGUGUCGCCAUGGGUUGAGUUUGAGGCGUUUUAGGCUGACAUAAUUGCAUGGGACGUGGGAAAUCUACUCGAAAGUUGCGAUCUUCAGAGGAGAAACAAAGAGAGAGUCAAAGAUAAAUACACUGAGGUUUCAGUUUCAGCUUCAGAAACUGAUUAAUCUUCGUUAUCAGUUCAUGGAGUUGAAGAAUUCUACAGCACUCAGGUUUAUGCACAGACCCCAUCUCAUUUACCUCACCAUCUCCAUCUUCUUCCUCUCCAUUUGUGCUCUGCUCACUUCUAUCAGCAGUACCAGAACUGCCUGCUUCGAUAUCAAGUGUUCGUUGAAUGCUGACGGUGAUCUGUAUUUUCAGCGUACCCUUAUCGACAAGACACUAAAUAAUAGCGAGCAGAAGAGAACAAUUCAAACCAAUAGAGGCGUUCCUUUCAGCCUGGCACGGAGGUAUUUGAGCGGGCCCGGCUCAUCGCCACCCCGUUGCACGUCAAAGUGCGGGAAAUGCACACCAUGUAAGCCGGUGCACGUGGCGGUGCCGCCGGGGACGCCAGUGACGACAGAGUAUUACCCAGAAGCAUGGAGGUGCAAAUGUGGGAACAAGCUCUAUAUGCCUUAGAAUGAAUAAUGCUGUUGAGAAGUAACUCAAGUUAGUAGGUUAUGUGGGUGAUGGUGAUUUUGAAGAAGCUAAUGCGAUUAUGUCCAUAUUUUAAUGGGCGUGAAGAGAAUAGAAGUAUAGGGCUUUAAUUUUAUGUAAAGGACCAUAUGUUAAAUACUUUAUUGUAAUUAAGGUGUGACAAAAUCUUAUUUACAAGGGUUGUUUUUAUUUAUUA